ACAACUGAUUGCAGGCUUGGAGGCCGGAGCAUGUCUUCGUCUAUUCGCGUUUCAAAAGCUAGGUUGCAAAGUGCUGUUUUGCGCCUCCCCAAAUGGCGGCAAUGGCCUUGCGAUUGAGAUCGAGCUGCAGUAGAACGAUACGAAACCCUAGUUUCGUUCAGUUCUUCUCUUCUUCAUCUCCAGACUCCGAUGACGGAGAUGACAAGAAGGACAUCCAGUCUUCCCCUUCAACUCCUUAUUUCAGUGACAUUAAGGCGAGCCUUAAGCAAGCUUCGCCUCCUCGGAGGUUUCCUCAGUCUCCACCAAAAGAUAUUCCUCCAUUGGCCACUGCCAAACCCUCAAAAAUCGCUUCUCUGGAAGAAAUUCGCAAAAAUCUUUCUGAGUUUCGUCGCAGAUCUUCCCCCCCUCCGCCUGACGAGAAGCCAUCAUCGUCUUCGUCUUCAGAAACUGUUUCGUUUCAAGAACUAUAUAAAAGGAAUGUGGUCGAAAAGAGCGAGGGAGAAAAUGCCGGGGCCAGAAGCGCCAAGGGCGGGAAGCUCUCUUUCGAGGCGAUACGCGAGAGCUUGCGGCAGCUGCGAUCCUCUACUGGGAAUCAGAAUAUGAACGACCGGUACAGAGGACAGGCUGAUAGAGGAAGCAAGGUCUUGGAUCCUAUGUCUCUCGAAGCAUUCAAAAACAGUCUAAAGCUGCAGCCUCAAGAACCUUCUUCGACUCCCUCUGUUUUUGGAGGUUCCGAAACGCUCCCCGUUUCUGUCUUUGGGAAGGAAAUGAGGGAAAAGGACAAGGAACCUCAGGAGAUGAAGACUGAGUUUUUGAAGAUGUAUAGUUAUGGCGAGUUGGGAGAGAAGCUUCGAAUGCUCCGCCCUGCUAACAAUAAGAAGGAUAAGAACUGGUUCUCUCUUAGGGAGCUGAAUGAAAGGCUUAUGAAGCUGAGGGAAUUCGAGGAGAAAGAGGCAGAUUCAAGGAUUGGUGGAGUAUCAUUUAAGGACCUUAGGGACAGCUUAGUGAGGUUGCGGAUGUCGGAUGAUGACAAAGCGAAGAAAUCAUCAAUGCAGAGACUUGAUAUCUUGGGUCAACUAGGAAAGACUCCAAACUUUAUGAUGGCACCUCCAAAGGAACACCUAGUUGAAAAGUAUUUCCACCCAGAUAACAUGUCAUCUGCAGAGAAGAUGAAAUUAGAACUUAAAAGAGUUAGGGAUGAGUUUAAAAUGUCAGAAUCAGAUUGUGGAUCUGCACGUGUUCAAGUGGCACAACUAACAACAAAAAUCAAGCAUCUAGCAUCUGUAUUACGUAAAAAGGACAAGCAUUCUCGAAAGGGUCUUGAAGCAAUGGUGCGGAGGAGGAAAAAGUUGCUCAAGUAUCUCAGAAGAACUGACUGGGAGUCCUACUGUUUAGUUCUCUCUAAGCUUGGACUUAGGGAUAACCCAGACUACAAGAGCUAGAUGCCAGCAUCUCCUUUCUCAUAUCUUCUAUCUAUGUCUUUUAUCUGAAAAGUGGCUAUCUAUUGCUUGCCUUACCGUUGGACCUCACGGAAGUUAUUUAACUCUGGUAUAAGGAGAAGGUGCAAACGAGUGCUCUGACUUUUCUUUAUUUUUAUUUUCUCCAGUGUUCUCAACCCAUCCUCGACCUGGGUCGUUGAAUAGUGACUGGACAGCUGAAAGGGUCCCAACCCACAUGUUUAGAUAAUUAUGAUCAAUUCAACGGGCUAAUCACCUGGUUGAACUGCCUAACCCGCCUCACAGUCCAGCUUUCCGGCUCGACAUCCAGUUAGAUUUUUGUAGAACGCUGGUUUACUUCUUUUCCUUCAUCUUCUUUAUUUAUUUUUAACCGUUUUAUGACACAAAUUUUACUUCUCUUCGCCCUAUCAAACAAGACAUUUGUACGAUUUCUUACGCUUCUGAUUGAAACAGAUAUUUAAUUCCUCCUAUUUUAUUCGGGGUAAUUGAAUAUUUGGUGAGGGAACAAUAAUCAAAAAGAGAUGCACAAUAAUUGAUUGUAAGUAGGAAUC